CAGCCUGGAGAAGAGGAGGCUCAGGGGAGACCUCAUUGCUCUCUAUAACUUCCUGAAGGGAGGUUGUAGUGAGCUGGGGGUCGGCCUCUUCUCUCGUGUCAUUAGUGAUAGGACCAGAGGGAAUGGUUUCAAGCUACGGCAGGGGAGAUUCAGGCUGGACAUGAGGAAGUAUUACUUUUCAGAAAGGGUGGUCAGGCACUGGAAUGGACUGCCCAGGGAGGUGGUGGAAUCACCGACCCUGGGGGUGUUCAAGGAAAGACUGGAUGUUGUGUUGAGGGACAUGGUUUAGUGGGAGCUAUUGGGAAUAGGUGAACGGUUGGACUGGGUGAUCUUUUAGGUCUUUUCCAACCUUAGUGAUUCUAUGAUUCUAUGAUUCUAUGAAAUCUCUCAGAGCUCCUCAAGCUCCAAAAUCUUCCAGCUGAUUUCUACAGCUAAUGCUUUCCCUGCCCAGCAUUUCUCCACAACAUCACAUUUGCAGUUUAGGAAAACAUGGAUCAUUCUUUCAGUUUAAAACAAAACAGCAAAGCAAAUCAUUAAUCAGGCUGUAAGCCACCUCUUCUGCUAUGCGUGAAAAGCAGCAGCUGGAGGGGAGCAAUGCACCUGUGCCUCUUCCUCUGCUUCCUUGUGCCACUGCCUGCGAGUCUGCAAAGCGUAUUCUCAGCUGGACUCGGAAAGAAACAUAGUUAGCUAAAUAUAUGUGUAUCAGCAUCUGUACUUCCCUUUACCAACUUUAUAAGUAUGCUAUUGGCUUGUUAUGCCAUUGAUAAUUGCCAUUUUUCAGCAUUAAAACAACCUGAUUGCCUGCAGUGUUGGUCUGGAAAAUAAGGAAAGCCCUCUCGUGGCAUUUAGCAGUCACACUUUUGUUUUGAUUACAGGUGGUUUAAGCCCUUCAGCCUCAUCACGUGGAAUGAUAAGUCUGCAGAGAUAACAUCGCUAAUACUAUGUACUAUAGCAGUAGAAUCCACAGGGCAGUAAGCAGAGCCUAGUAACUUACAGUGGGUUCAGGCCUCACGUUUGGCACUUACGUGGUCUCAGUGUGAUCACAGUUUCAUGUUGCAAGCAUGAAUUUUUAGCUGUAUUUCACAGUUGUGCUUAGAUGGAACAACAAGAUGUAGAUGUUUUAUACAAGACAUCUGGUUCUUCUGCGCAUUAAUAAUUCUUACGUGACCAAAGGGAGUUAGUCCUACUGAAACAGAAUAGGUAACGAUGUACCUGUGGGUUGGAUUAGAGCCAGAGGUUAGGAGAGUGGUGCUGCCUGGAUCAUUGGCUCAUUGCUUGUUUUGUGAACCUGGACCAGCAGAUGGAUUUUUUCUUAAUAUGAUCUGCCAAAGGAGUUUCACCUACUUGUAAUAAUGUGCUGCACCCACACAGCACAUGAUACCCGCAGGUACUCACACAGAGGGGUACAGGAUACUUCCUGUAUCUUAACACGGUAUUCCUGCUAACACAGCAGGGAAAGUCACAUCCUGUUCAGUUUGUGAUCCACUCCAAACCUCUAUCAUGUCUCAUACGGAAAAAAAAUGAAUUUAUUCUGCUCAGUACUUUCUUUUCCAUAAUAUAUGUGGGAAGAGAUGGACAUUCAUAAACGUGUGUAAUAUCAGAAAACUAGAGUGGUGAGGCAGUGGCACAGCUGUCCAGAGAAGCUGUGGGUGCCCCAUCUCUGGAGGCACUCAAGGCUAUGUUGGAUGGGGCCCUGGGCAGCUGAGCUGGUGGGAGGCAGCCCUGCCCACAGCAAAGGGUUGGAACUGGGUGUUCUUUGAGGUCCCUUCGAACCCAAACCAUUCUGUGAUUCUAUGAAAUCUUCUAGGUGAAUAUUCACAAAUGAACCAAAGAACUCACUGCUACCAGGUAGUUUUUACUGAACAGCUACGUCUUCAUCAAAAAUGUCAAAGGAUAAGUGUGAAGAAUAAACUGAAAUGGCAACAGUGGAGUCCAAAAACAUUUUUUUGAAUUAAGAUAUAGCAGGAAGAAGUGGGGUGAAAGAGCAUAUUCCUCCUACACCCACCACCCUCUAUCUCUUCCCUUGAAUAAAAGCCAACAGGCACCAGCUUUUCCACACACCACUGUCAGUUAACAGAAUGGAUUAUUAGGGAGAUGAAUGUGUGAACUACCCAUGUAAAACAUCUCAAAAAGGAAGCCUGGAUAGGUUAGGCAACAUAAACAGCACAUCUCUGACCCCAAGUUACUCUUCUCUUGUCAAUAAUAACUGUUUACUGUUCAAGGAAGCCUGAAAAACUGUUAGAUGUAUUUUCAAUCCCCCUGUGAGUUACAGUUUUUACAUUCUAAUUGAAACACAAAAACUGUUUUAAAAACAGGAGAGGUACCUGCAGGGAAGUUAAUAUUUAGUCUUUUAUUCUAUUACUAUGAAAUCUGAAUUUCCAGAUGUGAUCUACAUUUCACAUUUACAGUUCCACACUUUGAAAUGAGUGAUGCUGUGGGUUUUCUGGAAGCUGUGUUUUUUUUCUCAUUUUCUAUUUCUAGGCAUUUAGUUAUUGCUGCUGAGAUUAGGCCUACAGAUUUACAAAUGGGCUAUCAUUUCUGUCUGCACUGUUCUUGUGCUUCAUUCCUCCUGCAAAACAGGUGCAUCUUCUGCUCAGCAUGUCAUAUGUAUUUCCUUUGUCAGAGUGGGUGGUUCUCACAAAAAAAAGCAAAAUAGAAACUCUUAAGAUCUAUAAAACAAAAAGAAAUUGAGCAGAAUAAUAAUAAUAAUAAUAAUAAUAAUAAUAAUAAUAAUCAAGCAGAACUGAGUGCUGUGCUCUGCUAAAAUAGUGCACUUAUUCGUGACUCUCCUUCAGUCUGCAACGUCUCUGCAUUCCUCCUCCACCUCAGAACAGCAUUUCCUAAACUUGACCUAACAUUUUAAACAGGCAACUUUUAACCAUCUGCUCUUUGACUCCCAGAUUAUAUUUCAAAUAUGGUAUUAAAUUAUCAACACAAAACUAACCCCAAAUCUGUAACUACUAAUUUUAGUUUCCCUACAAUCAUCAUGGCCUCGAGAGAUUUCAUAGAAUGGCCUGGGUUGAAAAGGACCACGGUGAUCACUGAGUUUCUACCCCCCUGCUGUGUGCAGGGUCACCAACCACCAGACCAGGCUGCCCAGAGCCACAUCCAGCCUGGCCUUGAAUGCCUCCAGGGCUGGAGCAUCCACAACCUCUCCAUGCAGCCUGUUCCAGUGUGUCACCACCCUCUGAGUGAAAAACUUCCUCCUAAUAUCUAACCUAAUCCUCCCCUGUCUCAGUUUAAACCUGUUCCCCCUUGUCCUAUCACUAUCCACCCUUGUAAACAGCCAUUUCCCCUCCUGCUUAUACACUCCCUUCAAGUACUGGAAGGCCACAGUGAGCCCCCCUCCUGGAGCUUUUUCUUCUCCAAGCUAAAUAAGCCCAGUUCCCUCAAUGUUUCCUCACAGGAGAGGUGCUCCAGCCCACUGAUCAUCUUAGUGGCCAUCAUCUAGACCCAUUCCAAGAGUUCCACAUCUUUCUUGCACUGGAGACCCCAGGCCUGGACGCAGUACUGCAGAUGGGGCGUCACAAGAGCCAAGCAGAGGGGGACAAUCACCUCCCUCUCCCUGCUGGCCACUAUUCUUUUAAUGCAGCCCAGAACACAGUUGGCCUUCUGGGCUUCAAGUGCACACUGCUGGCUCAUGUCUAGCUUCUUGUCCACAAGGACCCCCAAGUCCUUCUCUGCAGGGCUGCUCUCAAGGUGUUCUUCCCCCAGCCUGUGUAAACAGGAUUGCCCUGGCCCAAGUGCAACCCCUUUGCACUUGGCCUUGUUGAACCUCAUUAGGUUUACAUGGGCCCACUUCUCCAGACUGUCCACGUCCCUCUGGAAGGCUUAGCUACCUGAAAAAAACCUUACACGCAGAGGUAUCAUUUGGUACAGGAGGAUGACUGUUACGUAUCCAAGGAUCAAACACAAUCCAACUGAAGCAUUGGAGCACUGGCACAAGGUGCACAGAGAGGCUGAGAGGCUGGCAGCCUCCUUCGCUGGAAGUGUUCAAAGACACGUUUGGAUGCUUUCCUGUGUAACCUGCUAUAGGGAACUUGCUUUAGCAGGGGUUCCAGCUAGAUGGUCACAAGACAUCCCUUCCAACCUCUGCGACUCUGUGAAGCUGCACUCACUUUUCUACAAGCUGGUAAUUCAUCUACAAACACAUCAGGCACUAAGACACAGCACAACCCUCUGAGUAAGAGAGCACAUACUGAGUGCUGUAGAGCAAGGCCGAAGCUCACACAGGUCAGGAAGGGACAGUGCCCGCAGCACAGCUUGUCAUUUCACUGACAUCUUUUUUUUGUUUUGUUUUGUUUUUAAACAAUCAGCAGAACUUGGGCUCCACCAAUAAUUGUCGCAUUGUUUGCAGGCUUGAAGCUGUAGCUUUCAAUAGCUUUUGGUAGCUUUGUGUGACAGAACUAAAAUGAUAAAACCCAGAUGUGCCUUACUUUCCCCUUGUCCUGCUCUCUUGCAGCCCAUGGGAUCGGAGCGGACGGAGAUGCGCAAGCGGCAGAUGGCAGCAACCCAGGAGACCCCAGGCACGGUGCAGACUCAGCACAGCGUAGGGAACCGCGGGCCCAACGCCUGCUGCUUCUGCUGGUGCUGCUGCUGCAGCUGCUCCUGUCUUACUGUUAGAAACCAGGAAGAAGAGAGAGCAAGGAGAACGUCCCAUGAACUCCAACCAGAGGGAAUUCCGAACUGUGAGGAAAGCCCCGCUCCUACUCUUGAAGAAGUGAAUGCUUGGGCUCAGUCAUUUGACAAGUUGAUGCUUACGCCAGCUGGUCGAAAUGCUUUUCGUGAAUUUCUACGAACAGAAUUCAGUGAAGAAAACAUGCUUUUCUGGAUGGCCUGUGAGGAACUGAAACAGGAAUCCAACAAAAGCGUCAUCGAAGAAAAAGCAAGACUGAUUUAUGAAGAUUAUAUUUCUAUCCUUUCUCCAAAGGAGGUCAGCUUGGACUCCAGAGUAAGGGAAGUGAUUAACCGAAAUAUGCUGGAACCCUCACAACACACCUUUGAUGACGCACAGCUUCAAAUCUAUACCUUAAUGCACAGAGACUCCUACCCACGGUUCAUGAACUCUGCUAUUUAUAAGGACUUGCUUCGGUCCUUAUCUGAAAAAUCCAUCGAAGCAUAGGAUUCCUUUUUUCUUAUGUGUAUUUAUUUUAAAACAAAUGGGACUCUGGGCUACCCUGAUCAACAGGGAAUUUAGUAUUCAUUUACCUGAAAACAACUCAGGCAAGUUUUACUACAGACUGAAUGCUUGGAACCCGCACAAGGCUCUGAUACGAUCAGCUAACUAUAGUUUCUGAUCAAAUGAAGUAUUACUUUGCAGAAGAGAAUGAAGAACAAACAUUUAAGUUAAAAAAAAAAAAAAAAAAGCAGUAUUUUUACAUUGCAGCAUACAACUUGGACACAAGUCUCUUAUAAUGUAUAUCUGAAGUACUGAGCAUGAAAACUAAUUUUAAGUGGACUGUCACAGUUUUCUUGAAAGUCAAACCAGUUGCUCCAUCUACACUACGACCAAAGUAAAAACAGUUGUACUGUCACUCUCUGGGUUACAUGAGACCAAGUUUCACCUCCUGUAUGAAUUGUGCUCAGUGCAGGUAAACCCCACUUGUCUUAUCUGAUAUGUAUACAGUGUGAUAAUGGAAAUCACUAUGAUCUCAAGUUUCCAAGACCUAAUUGUUGAAAUAAUUAAUGCUGCCUAUAAAAACCUUUUGCUGAAAAAUUGUUAUUUUACUACCGGAGUCCACUGAGAGCAUUUUUAAGUUCAGAUUGUUCAUGUUUAUAAUGUUAAAUUAUUUACGUAGUAGGAAGAAGAGUCUGGGGAUUGAAAUUCUCAAAUAAAGCACAAUUCUCACAUAUUUUUAACUUCCCUCUGCAGGUAGGUGUAAAAAGCAUUUCAUUGUUUGUUCCUGAAAGAGUAGCACUAUCAGCCAUCUUGGUUUUGUACACACUAAUUUGACUUGUUCACUGACAGAGCUUGUAAGGCUUAGAUAAUGAAUACUCAUACCUUACACUGACAAAAGAUGGAAGCCAGAAUUAUCUCAUUCCAUUACACUUUUUCAGACUGUCCAAAAGAAAAGCAACAGCUUUAUCAGCUAAUAAACUUACGUUCAUUACACUUCACCCAAGGCAUUACACUACACCUAAUUCUAGCAGCAUGAAAAGAGCACUUUCAGAAAAAAAAGAAAUGGGAAUAGCAAAACAGAAUUUAGGAUAUUGAUUUGUCUGCCUCAGUGCACUAGGUAGGAGAUGUGAUCUCCCCUAACCAUAUUCACAUCAUCAAACAAAUAAGGAGCUUUUUCAUUGCAGGAAAAGACCUAAUACAAGGUAAGUUUACAAUAGCUGUGGACUAGUUUCUACAGUCUCCUUCCAAAGCUGAAACAUGAUUCAACACACCAACUUAAAAACAACAACUCGUAAAACUAAGCACCUUGAAAGACUGGAAAGCAAUGUUCUUUUUUCCUUCAGUACAAAACUGAAUGACCCAGAGCACCAAGUCAAGAGGAAUCCGUUCUAUCUACUUCUACUGCACACACGCAGCUGCUUCAUUUUCAAACGCACGUUCUCUCAACUGACUUUGGCAUAUCCCAAAGCACUACCACUAACUACUACUUGGUUAUAUAAAGUAUAGCAUGAUAGGCAACAAAGGAACAAACUGGAUCUGCUGGUAAGGCAGCAUUCAGGGGAGCUUGCAGUCCAACUGAGAAUGCCAUUGGUGCUGUUUUAAUCAGACUGGGUAAUGCUGCUCUAAAACUCUAAGCUGACAAAGUAAGUUUAACUAGGUCAGAUUCUGCUUGCUGGAAAGAUCAGACACACACAUCAGAAAAAGUUCAAAGUGUGUCAUUUCACUGAAAUGGCCUGUUUCAUUUCUUUUAAGUGUUCUCCCUUCCCUGCAAAGAUACCUCAUUAAAAGCUGGAAGACAGCUGGAACGCUCAUACUUUACAGUAGACAAUGCAUUCUAUUAUCCUGUGGGGAAAAAAAAAAAAAAGAUACACUGAAAUUAAAGGGGAGACAAGAUGAUACUGGAUUGGGCAGUUCUGUGGCUAACAAUCAGAGUACUACAAGAAAAAGUAGCUAUUUCUAAACUUAUUUCCCAUUUUCCAUAUCCAAAUAAUUAAAAUACUCAAGGUAAUUUUCACUUUAUUUCGGCAUUACAGUGUGCUGAUAUUUGCAGUGCUCAUCUUUCUUGGAAAACCUUAAAUUUUAAUGCUGAGUUUUAGAUUUAAGCUCACAUUCAAUGCUGGUCCCUAGGCACCCUGAGAGUAUCUCAUACAAAAUAAAUCACUUCUCCCCUAAACAAUGUUAUUUUGAGGCUGUUCAAUGCUGGAUUUAAUUGAAAGAAGAAGGAAAAAAAAAAAAAAGGCAAAACAAAAC